CCGCUUCCGGCGGGGGCGGGGGCCGGGCGCUGCGGCGGAGGCGAGCGGGGCCGCGGCCCCGGGGAGCGGGAAGGGGAGCGGCCCGGAGGCGCCUCCUCCUGCCGCGGCCGGGCGGGCCCCGCGCCCGCGAGCCCCGUCGCUGCUGGGGGGGGGGCGCCCAGGGCCCCGCCCGCCUGGCAUGAGAGGCGGCCCCCUGCGCCGGCCGCGGAAGGGGGAGCGCCCGGCUGCCGCAGGCGCCCGAGGCCCGAGGGGCCGCGGCCCGGCCAUGGGGCGCAAGAAGAAGACGCUGCACGACUACGCGGCCGAGUUCACCGACCUGGGCGUCAAGCGGCACCUGCUGGAGCCCGGCGGGCCCGGGGAGAGCUCGGUGGUGGAGACCCUCUACUGCAAAUCCUGCGAGCUGCCCAUGCGGGUGCGGCGGGACCGCAUCCUGGAGCACCUCUCCUCGGGCCGGCACUACCGCAACCGCCGGCUGGUCAAGCAGCACGGCCUCCGCGCGCCCCUGCUCCUAUCUGCAGGUUCAGACCUUGGUACCAGCCUUUCCAUGCAACUUGACACUCCUUCCCUGCUUUCUCAGCCUUCAUUUAUUCUCUCAACCAAUCCCUGCAUCACCAGCACCGGCACCACCUAUAGCAUGGUACCAUCUCCACCUUCCUACCACAAGUCCUUGAUCCCUGUUCACCCCAGCGCCAUCAGCUCCACAACCAGUGUCAUGUCUGCCAGAGAAGACCAAACACCCUCUACCUCCACCAGUCACCCGUCAGCUUUCGCUGCCCUCCAUAUGAGAAAUGCGCCUGUUCCCUCAAAACAGAGCAUCCAAAGACUUGUUAUUUCUGAGGCAUCCAACAGUGUGGCUUCUGGAGGGUCAGUGGGACGGUAUAGCAGUAGUGGGACUUCAGGAAGCAAUAUUGGUCUUGCCCUCUUUGGCGUGGGGCUUGGUAACAAAGCAUUAUUUCAAAGUUUAAUGGAAGAAAAUGGCUGCUGUUUGCUUUACAUUGUGGAGGAUCAGCUGCCAGAUGUGGAACGUGCCUUCAGUACAGAAUUCCUGGCCAACACCAGGGUGCUACGGCAGCAGGAUGCCGACAUAGUGCUCAAUGAUCAACGUGUCUCUGGAGCCAUUGUCUGUUCACCACCUGAAGCAGCCUCUGAAAUUGUGAUAGAUGCUUUACGAGCAGGGAAAGGCGUGUUUUGCGAGAAGCUACCCAGUUUAGAUAGGCAGACAGCAGAGGCUUGUUUUGAUGAAGCUGACAGAUGUGGAAGACCAUUGGUCUGUGGAUUCUACAAGCGUUUUGAUCCAGCCCUGCAGUUCUUGUAUAAAAAAGUCCAUGACAGCCAGGCACUGGGGAGGAUUCAUCGGAUUUCGACAGUUAGCAGCAUAUAUCCAGCAGCAUCUCUUAGCUUCCUAAAAAAGUCAGGUGGGAUUUUCUAUAAUGCUGCUGUACAUGAUAUUGAUAUUAUCAGUUUGUUACUGGGAGAAAGUGCACCCGAUACAAUAUUUUCACUGGGACAUGCAUUCUGUGCAGAUAUGGCCUACUUGAAGGAUGCAGACACUGUAGCAGUCAGCAUGAAAUUUCCUAGUGGAGCAAUUGUUACUUUGGACGUCAGUCAGCACUGUACUAAAAGCUGUGAUCAGAGACUAGAGGUUCAUGGUUCUCAAGGAACAUUACGGGUAGAUAAUCAGAAUCCCUUGGGAAUUACAGAACAUGGAACGUCUGUGUCCAUAUAUUCACAAACCCAGGCUGAUCGGUACAAAGAAGCAUACAGAGAACUCUUUAGACACUUUCUCAGAACCCUCAAAGGCAAAGAACCCCCUGUUAUCACCAAAGAGCAGUUUCUCUGGACGAUACAGGUAGCUGCAGCUGCCGAGCAGUCUUGGAGGAACGGAUCUGCUGUUGACUUACGCAAUGAAGCAAUAGAUGUGUCUCUAAUCAAGACUGAAAUAAUGUGACAUACGCUGCUGUUUGAAGUAAAGGGUAUUCCCCGAGUUCUGCUAACGGGAGUGAGGUCUCUUCAUCUAGGGAGGUUUCCACUGUUGUCUUACUACAAAACUAAACAACCUUUUUUAUUUUUUUUUUUACAUUUUCACUGGCAACGCCUGUAACUCGGAUGCCUUUUAGAGCUACAAAAGUGUUCAGUACUGGUGUUACCAAUGGUUCAAGAUUCUGAGAGGAGAUUAUGGGAGGCUCUGUCUGCAGUGGCAUUUCCUUUUUCAAGGAGUUAGUUUCAGGUUCUGGAAUACUGGUUUCCUGAUAGUGGAUUUCCCAGACACUAAUCAUGAUAUGACAACGAUGUACUGACAACCAGCUGUUGUAGUGAAGACUGUGCAAUGAACAUCUUUAAUGGCAGCUUGAAAAUGAGGUGCAACCAUGGUGUUCAAAAUGAGAGCAUCCAUUUGGUCCAUACGGUACAUCUCAUUAGUAUAUGCAGGAAUGUGAUUUGUGUACUAAAUACCCCUAUUCUGAAUCCCCCAUCUAUAGAACUGUCCACGUUGUUCUUAAUUCAUUGCUGUGGUUUUGAAAUAACAUUGCUGGGAAGUUGUGAGCAUCUAACUUUUUGAAAAUGAACAGGCAGGGAGACUUCUUACCAACCUGGCUCUAGAGUGUAAUGAAAGAAACUUGGAAGGCAUGCUAUGAAUUGGACUGUUUCACAGAGCAAACCAUACACUUGGGCAUUUCUCUAUGAACACUGCAUCACUGUUAAAAAAUAAAGGUUUAUUUUAGAAUAAAAUUGUGAAUCUCUAUACAGUAGCACCAUACAACAUCCGUUACGAAGAAACGUCACUUAGAUGCAACAAAGAGAGUAUGAUCUGUCAGCAGUUUUGUUUUCCUUGCUUGAAUCCAAAUUCAUGUUUGUGUUUCUUCAAUAGGGAAAUUAAAUAAUACCUGUUUUCCCUGAGUGGGGGAAGGCAAUAUGAAAUACAUGCUUUUUACAGUCUGCCAGAUUUGGAUUACACAUCACAGAAAAAGAUAGUGCCUUCCCUAACAGGCAAGUCUGCUUUAAACCAGGUUAUUUGUAACUUUUUAUUCUUAUGUUGAGCAUAUUGAAAUUUAUAUAUUUGACUUUUGUAUUCUUGUUUGUAUUUCUCAUACCCUGGUUUUCAAGAUUUAAAAAAAGGGUUUUUUUAAUUGUAUUAAAAUAACAUUCUUGCA